CAAAGUAGCAUGAGAGGUGUAAGCCAUAUGUUUGGGUUGUCCAAGUCAACCGUUCACUCAUGCAUUCACAAAGUUGCAGCAACUAUAUCCACUAGACGGCAUAGUGUGAUAAGAUGGCCUGACCAAACAAGACAAGCUCAUAUUGCUGAAGGGUUUGCUGGGGAAAGCUGCCUUCGUGGCAUCGUUGGUGUGAUCGAUGGGACCCACAUCAGAAUUAUCAACAUUCUGAAUGGUCAACCUGAUUAUAUAAAUCGAAAAUCCUAUCCAUCCGUCCAGCUUCAGCUUGUAGUUGAUGACAUGAUGCUAAUAACGGAUGCAUAUGUAGGAUGGCCGGGAUCAGUGCACGAUGCACGGGUUUUCCGCAACUCUCCACUGUACCAUGACGUUGAAGAUGGACAUAAAUUGGCAGAGCAUCAGUAUCUCAUAGGUGAUACUGCCUACCCGCUCAGAAGCUGGCUGGUAACACCCUUCAAAGACAACGGACACCUGUCGCAGCAGCAACGCAGAUUUAACAGGAUGUUGUCUGGCAAACGCCAAGUUGUGGAAAGAGCCAUAGGCCACCUAAAAGGCAGGUUCCGAAGAUUGCGAGAGCUCAUGUUCCAUGACAUAAGUCAGAUAUGCCAAUUUAUAAUGGCUACAUGUGUAAUGCACAACUUGUGCGUGCUGUCUGAUGACGAUGUGAGCAGUUUCAUCAACUUCGACGACCAAGAUGACAUGGAACUUGAGAAUAUCUUUGCAGAUGCAACAGGUGGACAUGUCAGGAGGAAUGCUUUGGUUGCCCAGUGUUAGUGAGUUUGGAGUUUUCUCCUUAGAUGGGUCUGUCCCGUAGAGCUAUAUUAGAUUACUAGAGCGCUAACUCGACGUACAAAGUGAUGCCUGCUGAGCGCAUCCAUGUUUGUACACAAACCUAUGGGAAAACUCGAAAUUUUGUACAGCUUUUGUAUGGCUAUGUGCAUAAGAAUGAGGAGUUCGCGCUCUAGUAAUUUAAUAAAGCUCUAUGAUCUGUCUUUGUCCACACUAAAUGAUACAUUUUUGUGACACUGAGUUUGAAUUUCCAACUGCAAUAUUUUGCCCUUCUUAUUUUUAUGCUUCUUACACCAGAAAGGUUAAGAAAAUUUAAGCAAUAUUUAAGGAGCUAUGGAAGGUUAAUUGUGAAGGCAUAAUGUUUGUCACAUGGACAAACACUUUUUUUCGACUCACCAUUAUUCAAAGCAGUAUGAACCAAGUCCGAUAAUAUUUGUUCCAGUAUAAUUAAGUGCCAACACUGUUAGUACAUGUAGUUGGGCAAUUCCGUAUGAGAAACGACAUUUUUCGGAAAAUUUGUGAAGUACGAAUUAUGUAAGAAGUACAGUCUGAAUCAAUUAUCUCAAAGCAUAGGGCCUAGUUGACACUAUAGAUAACAAAAUCCAUUAAAUUAGAGCCAAAAUUUCUCUGAAUUGUAAUUCCGUUACCUUGGAAUUGCCCAUUUAGAGAACUUUCAAAGAAACAAUCCUCUUUCUUAAGGAAGUAUUUGGAAAACGGAUGCCUUGAAAAUAACGUUUGUUACCAGGACAGACAAGAAAAUUUCAAAUUAAUUGUUUUGCUAAUUGAUGGAGACAGUUUUAACAAAGAGAAUAGUUAGGACACUGUACAUGUACACCCACAUUCAUUUUUUCCAGACUAAAAUGAGGAGCUUUAUAUUUCAACUUAUUUCUCAUCUGUAACAUUUUCAGUACCCAUGAAUUGUUUUUUUUCCGCAUGAUAAUGCCUAUUUUACAUAACUUGAAAAAGGACCCCCGAAAAAUAAACUGGACAUUUGUAUCAAAUUUCUCAUUAUUUCAACAACUAACAACCAAAUCCUUUAUUAUGUACACUAUAUUUCUACUAUUGUACGACUACUACUAGAAUCAUUGAAGCUUAUUUCUUGACUGUUAACAAAGUUUAAAUGAGAGCUAUUUUUUAUGUUGUGCAGUUGUAUCAUUUAGUGUGGACAGACCAUAGAGCUAUAUUAAAUUACUAGAGCGCGACCUCCUCAUUCUUACGCGCGGAGAUAUUUUGAAGUUGUCUGGGCACAGACAUUUUGAAUUAAUGUGCGUGUUUGUAGAACAAUGAAAUUAAAUGGAGUGAAUUUUGGAAGUGUACUCUAAAUGCAACGCGCAAGUACAUCAUACGCGCGGCGCGUCAUGAUAGUUAAAAAGCGUCACAGCAUAAUUAUCUGGAGCUGAUCCGUGCAUGUGUUUGCGUUGUUUGCGCAGAACAAAAUGAAACGCUCACUUAGUGAUUUUGUGUUUCUGUUUUGGGCUUUGAUAACGCACCAGUAUAGAAUAAAAACGCAGAUAUGCACAUAGCCAUACAAAAGCUGUACAAAAUUUCGAGUUUUCCCAUAGGUUUGUGCACAAACAUGGAUGCGAUCAGCAGGCAUCACUUUGUACAUCGAGUUAGCGCUCUAGUAAUCUAAUAUAGCUCUACGGGACAGACUCAGAUUCAUCAGCAGUGUAAAGUUUGGAAAUGGAUAAUAAAACUCCCCACAUUUUCCAA